GGCAGGGAGGGGGAUGCCUGCACUGGGGGUCCGGCCGCGCCGGGGAGCGAGGCCGAGGCGAGAGAGCCGAGGCGAGAGACGCUGAACCGAACCGAACUGAGCCGCGCCGGUGCCGCCAUGGGGGUGGAGAUCGAGACCAUCUCUCCGGGAGACGGACGGACAUUUCCAAAGAAGGGUCAGACAUGUGUGGUGCACUACACAGGAAUGCUACAGAAUGGAAAGAAGUUUGAUUCCUCCCGAGACAGAAACAAGCCCUUCAGGUUCAAGAUUGGCAGGCAAGAAGUCAUUAAAGGAUUUGAAGAAGGUGUUACACAGAUGAGCUUAGGACAAAGAGCAAAGUUGACCUGCACACCUGAGAUGGCUUAUGGAGCCACAGGCCACCCUGGGGUCAUCCCUCCCAAUGCUACUCUCCUCUUUGACGUGGAGCUUCUCAGGUUAGAGUGAAUCUUCUCAAGGGGGUUGGCUGGAGACAUCUGUUAAUAACCAUCUGCUCUUCCUCACCCUGCCAGCAGUGGGAGGAAUCUUCACUGGAAUCCAAAUCUUCCCUGCUCAAGCUGCCCUGUCAAUAGCUCCUGCCUUCUCUUUUUUAACUUUGUGGUGUCUGGUUUUGCGUUUUAUUAGAAGCUUUGCUUUGGGAAAAAUGUCUACUGUUGUAAGAUUUUCAAGUUGUACAUUUUAUUUAAUUUGCAUGUAAAGAUAAUUCACGGUGAUGACUGAAAAUAUAUAUAAUUAUAAAUAUAUAUAUAUAUUCCUUGUUGAAAAACCACUGCCUUACUGUACACUUAAACCAAGAAAAAAAAAAAAAACAAACUACAAAGGUGCUCAAAAGAAAAAUAAAUCCAAUGUACACCUUGUACAUGAACGGGCAUUAGCCAAACAGAGUUACCUGCGCUGCCACUUUUCUCAACUUGUAUGUUCUGCUUGCUGCUGUUUUAAAAAAAAUACUGUCUCAUUUAUGAAUUAAAAGUAUAUAUAUAUAUAAAACAAUAAAAUCUUGAUACUUU